GAUAAGUUGCUUGGCAUCUAGAGGAAGCGGAGGUGAAACAAGUUCAGAGAAAAUCUUUUGGGCUGAACUUUUGAAAGGCCAGGCCUGUAAAAUAAGUUUGAGGAGGGCAACGCCAAACGUUGCACUUGGAUUAAACGUGCAGUACAUCAUUCCUUGCGCAAGUUUGUACUUGACUGUCACGUUGUCAGUAAUGUACGGUGUGUUCAGUAGAUAGAAACAUAUUUCUACCUAGACUCAGUAGUGUUGGAAUGAUAUGACAUGAAGUUGACCUUGACACUGUGACCUUGACCUUGACCUCUGAUCUGUAAAUUGAAGUAGUCACCAUGGAGAGUAUGGAGUGUGACCUUCCCGUCCCCACCAAUGACCCCAAUAACAUGUACUGCACUCUGUCAAGCUUUGAGAUUGACAAAAAGAUAGGCAAGGGUCAGUUUAGUGAAGUGUGGAGGGCAAGAUGUAAGACAGAUGGCAGUGCAAUUGCCCUGAAAAAAGUGCAGAUAUUUGAGAUGAUGGAUGCCAAAGCCAGACAAGACUGUAUCAAAGAAAUAGAUCUGUUAAAGCAACUUAAUCAUCCGAAUGUGAUCAAAUAUUUGGCUUCGUUUAUAGAAGACAACGAGUUGAAUAUAGUCCUAGAGUUAGCUGAUGCUGGGGAUUUAUCUAGAAUGAUCAAACAUUUCAAAAAACAGGACAGGCUGAUCCCAGAGAGGACAAUCUGGAAAUAUUUCAUACAAAUCUGCAGUUCUCUGGAGCACAUGCAUUCCAAAAGAAUCAUGCACAGAGACAUCAAGCCAGCCAAUGUAUUCAUCACUGCACAGGGAGUGGUGAAGUUAGGGGACCUGGGCCUGGGCAGGUUCUUCAGCUCCAAAACUACAGCUGCACAUUCUUUGGUUGGCACACCAUACUACAUGUCCCCAGAAAGGAUACAUGAAAAUGGCUACAACUUCAAGUCAGACAUCUGGUCUUUAGGCUGCCUGCUGUAUGAGAUGGCAGCACUGCAGUCUCCUUUCUAUGGAGACAAAAUGAAUCUUUAUUCCUUGUGCAAAAAGAUUGAGCAAUGUGACUAUCCCCCUCUCCCAUCAGACCAUUAUUCAGAAGAACUCAGAAACUUGGUGGCAGUGUGUAUCAACCCAGAUCCAGAACAGCGCCCAGACAUCACUUAUAUAUAUGAAGUAGCAAAAAAGAUGCACACAAGUUUUCUUCAACAGCAGCAGCAACAACAGCAGUAACGUAAUCUAAGGAUUUUUAAUGGGUUGUUAAGGAGUCAGUUAGGUGACAUAAUAAAAGUAUAUAUUUUGUGAAGUUUAAGCUGACGAUCUCAAGAUAGAUACAGAUAAAGAAUAGAGAGUGUUUAUUAUAUUUGAGUAUUAAAAUAUAUAUGUGUACAUGGUGAGGUUUGAUAGGACCAAUCUAUUGUCUUACUUGAUUCCUGCUACUUUUCUUGUGAAAGUAGAGAUUGCCAAAGUAUGGAUAUAUAUUGUAAAUUGCUGUUCCUGGUUUAUUUCUUUUCUCUGGUGAUUUUAAAAAAUGUGUGUUGUGAUAUGAAAACUUUUGUGUAAAAAAAAUCUGUAUGGAUCUGAAAUUAAUCAAAUUUGCCAUGUAUGGCAUUAAUUAUGCAUGGGCAUAUUACAUAUCAGCCACAUUACAUAUUUUUCUUCAAAUGGAAAGUUGACAAAAAUGUUGAAGUAUUUUUCAUAAACUUCAGCAAAUGCAAACCAUUUGAAACGUUGCAAAAAUUGUAUGUAAAAUGUUAACCCUCGGAAAAUCUUCACUUACCCUAACUAUAUACCUAAACAUACUGUGUCUCCUCCAUAAUUUCAUAAUUUGUAAGCUGCAUUGAAUUUAUAGAAAUUUCAUGACAGUUUUCAUAUUCACAAUGGCUAGUCCUUAUUAUACAGUUGUGUCAUCUCCUAGUGUCCGAGUUUUGAAGUUAUGUAAACAGUCUGGAUGCAACUGUAAAAAGGCUGCAAAAUAUAACCAAGGCAUAAUUUCAUAAGCACUUUAUUCAGGAAUUAUAUGCUCUUUAAAAUAUGUUUUUAUUUGUCCAGUAUAAGGCUGCAUUUCAAUCCCCCACCCCUCUUCUCCUCCUUACCAAGUGCAAGAAAAACUAAACUUUAACAUACAGGCCUCUUGUAUAACAUGUUCCGUUUGAUACAGUCUGUAUUGAAGUGAAAUACGGUUGUGACUUGGUAUUGUACAUAUGCAUGUCUUGUGUGUUUUGUUCGGGUAGCAGGCUACUGAGAAACUUAACAAAAUAUGAGAAAAACUUUGACCAUGAGAACAGUUCACUGUUUAUAUGUGCAGUAUACAGUUGAGUUGCCCAUUGUUGCAGGCGGAUGUCAAAGUGUGUGAAAUAGACUUUUGUCCAGAUUCUACUUAUUAUUUAUUUUAAAAGAAUUAAAAUGCAUAAAGAAGUGAUUGUAAGGUUUAAAUCUAUAGAUGGCUAUAUAUUCAUUGUGUUUCUUCUUUUUUUUUGAGUGUAUUUUUCUAUUGCAAUUACAUAGUAUAGGGCGACCAAAUGGUUCUUUUCCAAAGGAAAGAUUAUUAGUUAUAACAUUUUCACUUUGAAAGAGGAGUUAUGUCAAAAACAAGUUCUGUGGAAGCUUCAUUUAUUAUUUUGACUGAUAUACUGUGAAACUAAAAGAAGAUAUAUAAACCAUAACUGCUUAAAUUUAACUGUUAAUGCGCUGUAGUAUUUAUGAUUUACAAGCACGACUAGUGGAAUUAUAUUUAUAUUAAUAUACAUAUAUAUUAUUGUGCCUGUUGCACCCAUUUUGCUUAUCUGCAGUGAUCACUUUUUGUGGGGUCUAAGGGAAUCCGUCCAACAUAUAUAUAAAUAUAUGAUAUAAAUUGAAUAUUAUAUACUCUAAACCACCACUUCACCUGAGGUUGCUCACUACCUGUAUAUGUUCUGACUAUUUAUAUAUCUAAUGGCUUUAUUAUGUGUUACAUUUACAAGAUUGAACAUUGUAAGAUUGUUAUAUAUGAUAUAUAUGUGCUGUGUCUUUUUAAACCAACCAAAGUCCAGAGUCGAGUUGAUGGUCACAAGAGUUUAACAAAUAGCUUAAUAUCCUUCCAAAUCCUUUGCAACAUCAGUUGUUGUUAGUAUUUGUCACUUGGACAAGUGUGAUCAAUUUUACCUAGCCACGUUUUAAACUUCAUGGGUUAUUUGAUAAGUCAGUACAUUUCAGUUUAUUCCCCGAUAUUCUAGGUAUUAUAAUUGUUGGCUUGAUUUGUUGUUAUAGCUUGGAUUUAAAGAUUUAAAGCAUUUGGUUGAUAAAAAGUUCACCACUGCCAGUGGAUUUUGUUUCAAGUUUUGUUGCUUCAGUUGAUAAGAAAGUUGGAGGACACUUCAAGUAAAUUUUCUGUCUAGUCUGAAAACGCAUUUCGUGGGUGUAGAAUGCUCAUUUAUUAAGAUGAUCCCAUGGCAC